CGCGGGGCGGGCACCCGGCUCCGGCCGCCCGGCUGCCCCAUGCCGCGGACGGUGGCUGUCGUCGGCGGGGGCAUCAGCGGCCUGGCCGCCUGCUACCACCUGGCUCGCAGCCCCCAGGCGCCCAAGGUAGUGCUGCUGGAAGCCAGCGCCCGCGUGGGCGGGUGGCUCCAGUCCACCCGCACCGAGGAUGGGGCCCUGUUCGAGCAUGGACCCCGGGGCAUCCGCCCUGCGGGUGUCGUGGGCAGGGACACGCUGCACAUGGUCUCCGAGCUCGGCCUCGAACGUGACGUCCUGCCCGUCCCCGGGGACCACCCGGCCUCCAGGAACCGCUUCCUCUACGUGCGCGGGGCUCUGCACAAGCUGCCCUCCGGCCUCGGGGGACUUCUCCGGCCGGUGCCGCCCUUCUCGCGGGCCCUAUUUUGGAGCGGCCUGCAGGACCUGCUGGCACCCGCCGGCACCCAGCCCGAUGAGACCGUGCACGCCUUCGUCCAGCGGCGCUUCGGCGAGGAGGUGGCCGACAUCGCCGUGGACAGCUUGUGCCGAGGGGUGUUCGCCGGGGACUGCCGGGCGCUGAGCGUGCGCUCGUGCUUCCCCCCGCUCUUCGAGGCCGAGCAGCGCCGGCGCUCUGUCCUCCUGGGGCUGCUGCUGGGCCGAGGGAAAAACCCCGGGGCCGAGUCGGCGCUGAGCCGGCGGGCGCGGGCCGAGCGCUGGAGCCAGUGGUCGCUGCGGGGUGGCAUGGAGAGCCUGGCCGAGGCGUUGGCCGCCUUCCUGCGCCAACGCGGCGUGGAGCUGCGCUGCCGCGCGCCCCUGCGGCGCCUGCAGCGGGAGCCCGGCGGCGGCUGGCAGCUCGUCCUGACGGAUGGCACCGUGACAGCCGACCACGUGGUGAGCGCCAUCCCGGCUGCAGCCCUGGCCGAGGCGCUCCCCGCCGAGGCCGAGCCGCUCGCCCGGGAGCUGCGGCACAUCCCCGCUGUGACGGUGGCCGUGGUGAACCUGCAGUACGAGGGCACCGAGCUGCCCGUCACGGGCUUUGGGCACCUGGUGCCCUCGUCCGAAGACAGCUCCGUGCUGGGCAUCGUCUACGACUCGGUGGCCUUCCCGGAGCACGACCGCCCGGGUGCCGCCUCGCUGCGGCUGACGGUGAUGCUGGGAGGCGCCUGGUUCGCGCAGAGCUUCGGGGACCCUGCGGCUGCGGCGCCGGCCCUGCUGCUGCGCCGGGCGCAGGACGCCGUGCGGGCGCACUUGGGCCUCGAGGCUGCCCCGUCCCGCUCCAUCGUCAAGGUGCACGAGGCUUGCAUCCCCCAGUACACGCUGGGCCACUGGCGCCGCACAGAGAGCAUCGGCCGGUACCUGACGGAACGGGGGCUGCCGCUGAGUGUCGUCGGGGCGUCCUACGCCGGCGUCUCCGUCAACGACUGCAUCGCCAGCGCCAAGGCGGCCGUGAGCCGGCUCCUGGGGCAGCCGUGCUGAGCUGGGACCGGCCUCCCCGAGGCACCUGGCUGGGGCACCCAUCCCUGCUCCCCUCCUGCUGUGACGCCUGCGUCCCCGAGGGGCGGCAGAGCCAGGCUGAGGCUGCCUAAGCCCAGCUCUCCCCUCUCCCACCACCGACCAGUCCAGCAGCUGUAGGACAAGUUUUUUUUUCUUUUUUUUUUAAUUGAAAAACCCUUAGAAAGGUCCAGGGAGCCGCUCAUAAAUAGAAUAAAUAACCACACGCUGGCAGCAGAGCCGGCAACUGG